CAGACAGAGACAAACACCACCACCACAUCGCAGCAUCGCCUCCACCAUGACCAAAAAUGGCAUCGCGAAGCACAUUCCCGACCGGAACAAGGAAGGGAUCGUCAACAUCGCUUUUACGGACGACACGCUCACCACCAAGCCCGGAACCGGCGACACACUCACCGUAGAGGUCGGGAAGGUCAGCCGCAGGAGCUCUACGGUGGUGGUGGAGAGCGUGGUGGUGGAGAGCGUGCCGGCGGCGAAAGGCGGCGAGGAGACACCGGCGUAUGGGACGCAGCUUCUUGGCAUGGCGGUGGCAGCGUUGGCAUACGUGGGCAUUGGCACCAUUAGCGGCUUCUCGGGGGGGAUGCUGCCCCUGCUCACCGAGUCGGAUGAUGAUCUGCAUCUGGACAAAUAUCGCGUCGGACUCUUCACGAGUGUGAUAAACCUCGGCGCCGCCGCCGGCUGCAUUGUGGGCGGCUUCCCCCACGUGAUGGUGGGCCACCGCUCGUACCUGCUGGUGGCGCUGCCGCUCGCGCUGGCGGCCUGGAUCAUCCUGGCGCUCUCCAACGACAUCUGGGUGUUGCUCUCCGCCCGCACCUUCCUGGGCUUCACCAUGGGCGUCAUCGUGUUCACGUCGAGCAAGUACGUGGCGGAGUGCGCCCACGACAGCGUCCGGGAGAAGCUGGUCAACGCCCUCGAGACCUCGCGCCAGUUCGGCUACCUCUUCGUGUACGCCGCGUGCUGCUCGGACCUCAGCUGGCGCGAGCUGGCCCUCGUCUGCGGCUGCGUCAGCACCAUCCUGCCCUUCGUCGGCUUCCUGUACGUGCCGAGCGCGCCCAAGUGGCUGGCCACGCACGGCCGCGUCGACCACGCCUACGAAUCGCUCGUGUUCUUCCGCGGACCCAACUACGACUCGCGGCGGGAGCUCAACACCAUCCUGGACAAGCUCUCCAAGACCGAGGGCGCCGACAACGCCCUGUACCAGCUGCGGCAGCUCAAGGACCCGAUCAUCCUGCGCUUCGUGGUGCUCUUCGCCUUCAUCCACUUCGCCAGCCAGUUCAACGGCAACGUGGUCACGGGCGCCUACGCCAUCUACAUCUUCAAGGCCGCCAACGUGAGCAUCAUCAGCCCCUACAUGAGCAUGGUGGUGGUGGGGCUGGCGCGCGUCCUGUCCACGCUCUUCUACCUGGUGGAGGUGGAGCGCGUCGGCAGGAAGCCCCUGGUCAUCGUGCCCUUCUUCCUGGCGGGGACGAGCCUGCUGGUCCUCGGCGCCUUCUUCUACGCGCAGGCGACGGGCGGGGCCUUCGGCGAGCAGGAGUGGGUCCCCGUCACCGCCCUCUCGCUCUUCUCCUUCUUCUCCAACAUCGGCUUCCCCGUCCUCAACCUGACGCGCGGCGAGCUGCUCCCGCCCGUCGCGCGCUCCACCGGCGGCGCCAUCCUCUACGCCACCUACUACUUCGGCGGCUUCGCGGCCUCGCUCUCCUUCUCCUACAUCGUCUCCGCCAUCGGCAUGCACGGCACCUUCUGGAUCUACUGCUUCAUCAACAUCCUCGUCGUCGUCGUGGACUACAUGGACCUCCCCGAGACCCGCGGGCGGUCGCUCGAGGAGAUCAUGGAGGAGCAGCGGCUCGAGGGGGCGUCGCCCUCGCACCACGACCACGCCUCCUGAUGGGCGGGGCAGCAAGGGGCGGACCCGCUGGGAGGGUCGCGCCCGUGCGGUGGUCGAGGCGUGACGCGGUGGUGAGGGACGGCGGUUCGGGCGCCGGUUAUGCGCAUUAGCAGUAUCUACUAUCUGUCUCUAUUUCUGUUAUUAUUAUAAUUAUUAUCAUUAUUAUUAUUAUUAUUAUUAUUAUUAUCAUCAUUGUUAUUAUUAUUAUUAUUAUUAUUAUUAUCAUUAUUACUAUUAUUAUUAUU